UCUCUCAUCAGUGGCAAAAAGAGCUUUGGGAGCAUUUUGUGUUGCACAAUGACUUAUUUCUUGUCUUAUUGCAAAAGACACUGUAGUACUGUAUUGUCUCAAUACCAAACUCUCCGAAAUGAAGGCUUGCUCUGUGACAUUCUGUUAAAAGUACAAGAAAAUGAGUUUCCUGCACACAAGUCUUUGUUAGCCUGUUCCAGUGAUUACUUCAAAGCCAUGUUCAAGAAUUAUACCAAAGAAUCAAUGGCUGCUGUUGUUCAUCUGCAAGUUGUCUCAGCCACUGGAUUGCAACAUGUUCUGGAUUUCAUUUAUACAUCCUGGCUGCCUUUGUCUUUUACCACCUUGGAAGAUACCUUAGAAGCUGCCACCUACUUACAAGUAACUGAGGCAAUCUGUUUAUGCAGCCAAUACUUGGCUAACAAUCUCAAUCUGGAGAACUGCUGUUUUUCAGCCAAUAUUGCGACAAAAUUUUAUCUUCCAGACGCUGUAUCUGCAGCAGAAAAAUAUCUUAUUAUUAAUCUCUGGAAACUACUAGACCAGGAUUUUGCAGGUCUGCUGGAACUGAAUUUCCAGUCUUUGAAAGCAGUAGUAGAAUCUCCUGAUAUACUUAUGGUGAGAGAAUUUAAUUUGUUAGAUCUAUUAUUAAAGUGGUUAGCAUAUGAUAAAUUGAGGCUCAUCCACACUACUAAUCUUUUGGAACAUGUAAGAUACAGUCUCAUUCCUGUGAAAGAUCUGAGAAAUAUCUACACUCAGUCAGAAGUGCUUCUAACAACUCCUAUAAAUUGUUUAAUUAGAAAAGCAAUAAGCUAUCAUUCACUUAUUUAUAAACAGCCUAUCUUGCAGGAUAAAUACAGCACUUUGAGAAACCAGAAAAUAUGGAUUAUCCUGCUUGGAGGUAUGAUUGCACAUGAAGGGCUUGUCACAGAAGUGAUGGCUUUUGAUGUUUACAAUCACAAGUGGCAAAAUUUAACACAGUUACCAGAUAGGAUACAAAAUCAUUGUGUAUGUACUAUUGGAAACUUUCUAUAUGUGCUUGGUGGAGAAAUCGAAGAUAUGCAAAGUGAUCCUAAAAGUCCUAUCUUGAAAGUUACAAAUAAAGUCCAUCGCUAUGACCCAAGAUUUAAUAAAUGGAUACAAAUUACUGGGAUGCUGGAAAAAAGGUGUCAAUUUUCUUGCUGUAUCUUAGAAAAUGCAAUCAUUGCAAUUGGUGGACAAAGUGAAGAUAAAAAAUUGCAUUCAUCUGUUGAAGUCUAUGACAUUAGCAAAGACAGGUGGACAAAGCUUCAUGAUUUGCCAUGCAAAGUACAUGGCCAUGCUGGUACGGUUUGUAAGAACACUAUUUAUAUAUCAGGUGGCAAAUACAUGGGUCAAAGUAACACAAGUAAAGAUAUGUAUGCUUUGAGUAAUUUUGAAGGGGAAUGGAGAAAACAAGCUCCAAUGAGCAUUGCUCGUUUUGGGCACCAGAUGACCACAAUCCGAGAUUCAGUUUUUACAUUUUUAGGUUUUUAUGAACCAUUCUCCGAGAUUGAAAAAUAUGACCCUGACCAGAAUCAAUGGACCCGUUUAAGGCCAUUGGUAUAUGAUCGAUAUAGUUAUGGUUUAGCACUAGUGGAGGAAACAGCCAUUCUUAUUGGAGGGAAGAAAUGGCAAGACUCUCAGGAGAUUCCAACUCAGGAUGUUGUAGGUUAUGAUAUUGAUAAUGACUGUUGGGAAGAAAUCUGCAAAUCUCCUUUACCUUGGUAUGGAUUGCAGUGCGGAGUGCUAGAACUGUCUGAAUUAGUAGAAGGUAAAGACAUUCAGGAGCAAAAGCGACCAAAUGUUGAGAUUUCCUAGUGAUUGAACUAAGAAAACAAGGAUAAUGGAAGGAUACAACAUGGAUUAUUAGGGAUUAAACAAUUAUAUAGAU